GGGCUAAGCCAAGCGGAGCUCAAGCUCAAGUUCCACCCGUGGUAUAGGAUGGAGCUGCGACCCUACCAGUGGGAGGUGAUCAUGCCUGCCCUGGAGGGCAAGAAUAUCAUCAUAUGGCUGCCCACGGGUGCUGGGAAGACCCGGGCAGCUGCUUACGUGGCCAAGAGGCAUCUAGAGACUGUGGACAGAGCUAAGGUGGUUGUGUUGGUAAACAGGGUGCACCUGGUAACUCAGCAUGGUGAAGAGUUCAGACGCAUGCUAGAUGGACGCUGGAGCAUGGUAACCCUCAGCGGAGAUAUGGGGUCACGUGCUGGCUUUGGCCACCUGGCCCGGAGCCAUGACCUGCUCAUCUGCACAGCUGAGCUGCUGCAAACGGCAAUGACCAGCCCUGAGGAGGAGGAGCACGUGGAGCUCACUGCCUUCUCCCUGCUCGUGGUGGAUGAGUGUCACCACACGCAUAAGGACACUGUCUACAAUGUCAUCCUGAGCCGGUACCUAGAGCACAAACUCCAGAGGGCACCAUCCCUACCCCAGGUGCUGGGUCUCACGGCCUCUCCAGGCACCGGUGGUGCCUCAAAGCUCGAUGGGGCCAUUAACCACAUCCUGCAGCUGUGUGCCAACUUGGACACGUGGUGCAUCAUGUCACCCCAGAGCUCCUGCUCCCAGCUGCAUGAGUACAACCAACAGCCUUGCAAACAGUAUGACAUCUGCCACAGGCGCAGCCAGGAUCCAUUUGGGGACUUGCUAAAAAAGCUCAUGGACCAAGUGCACGACCGCUUGGACAUGCCUGAGUUGAGCCGAGACUUUGGGAUGCAGAUCUACGAGCAACAGAUGGUAGACUUGAGCCGGGAUGCCGCGGAGAACGGGCUCCAGGAGCGGCGAGUGUACGCGCUUCACCUGCGGCGCUACAAUGACGCGCUGCUCAUCCAUGACACGGUCCGUGCUGUGGACGCCCUGGCCACGCUGCAGGAUUUCUACAACAGGGAACGCACCACUAAAACUCAAGUCCUGUAUGCUGAACGUUGGCUGCUGGCACUAUUUGAUGAUAACAAGAAUGCACUGGCCCACUUAGCAACUCAUGGCCCAGAGAAUCCAAAACUGGAGGUGCUGGAAAGGAUCCUGCAGGAGCAGUUUGGGAAACCUAACAGUCCCCGGGGCAUCAUCUUUACCCGCACCCGCCAGAGUGCUCACUCCCUCCUGCUCUGGCUCCAGCAGCAGCCGGGCCUGCAGAUGGUGGACAUCAAGGCCCAAAUGCUGAUUGGGUCUAGGAACAGCGGCCAGAGAGCCCAUAUGACCCAGAGAAACCAGCAAGAAGUGAUCCAGAAGUUCCGGAUUGGCAUCCUGAACCUUCUGGUGUCCACAAGUGUGGCAGAGGAAGGGAUGGACAUCCCCCACUGCAAUGUUGUGGUGCGCUAUGGGCUCCUGACCAAUGAGAUCUCCAUGGUCCAGGCAAGGGGCCGUGCCCGGGCCAGUCAGAGUGUGUACUCAUUUGUAGCAGCUGAAGGCAGCCGGGAGCUGCGGCGGGAGCUGAUCAAUGAGGGACUGGAGACCCUGAUGGAGCAGGCAGUGGCUGCUGUGCAGAAGAUGGACCAGGCCGAGUACCAGGCUAAGAUCCGGGAACUGCAGCGGGCAGCCCUCACCAAGCGGGCAGCCCAGGCAGCCCAGCGGGAGGCUCGGAGGCAGCAGUUCCCAGCAGAGCACGUGCAGCUCCUCUGCAUCAACUGCAUGGUGGCUGUGGGCUACGGGAGUGACCUGCGGAAGGUGGAGGGUACCCACCACGUCAAUGUGAACCCCAACUUCUCGAUCUACUAUACCGUCUCCCAGGAGCCUGUAGUCAUCGACAGAGUCUUCAAGGACUGGAAGCCUGGGGGUGCCAUUCACUGCAGGAACUGUGGGGAGGACUGGGGUCUACAGAUGAUCUACAGGACAGAGAAGCUGCCAGUGCUCAGAGUCCGCAGCAUGCUGCUGCACACCCCUCGUGGGCGGAUACAGGCCAAAAAGUGGUCCCGCGUGCCCUUCCCGGUUCCUGACUUCAACUUCCUGCAGCACUGUGCCCAGAACCUGUCAGACCUCUCUCUGGGCUGACCACCUGGGAGCUGCAGUGCCCCACUCAGGCUGCAGGGGGCGGGGGAGUCCGCAGCAGUCAUCACUGUCACUGGAGAAAGCCUGUGCUGGCCCCUCUCCUUCCUGAGACACCAGCUCUGGGCACGGAGCUCAUCAGAUACAUUGGAACCACCAUGUGUCCAAGCUGACUUAGGCUCCCAAAGUGAGGCGGGCCAUGACUCAGCCCCCCAGAGCUACCUCAGACACUUUGCUUUACACUGGAUGGAGGGGGAGGAGGCUGAAGCAAGAGAAUUGCUACAUUGUACUAGGAAUCACAACAUCCCUUUUCUACCAAGGGCACUCUUAUUUGUCAAGGCUUCUCAUGGAUUAAUAAAGGGAAGAAUGGGGUAGAA